AUUGAAUGAGGAAGUGACUGGAGUUUCACAAUCACUCAGCGAACGAUGAGGUGAAGACAGUAAUGGCACACGGAAAGCAAUACAACGUGUUUCCUGCCUCUGCUCUGAGUGUGCAGUCAUUUAUUGGCAAUGGAGGGUUUGGUGAGGUGUUCAAAGGCUCGCUACUUGUAGAUGUGGCUGUUAAGUACCUUUACAACGACAGUGGGUCAGAUUUGCUGAAAGAGAUAAAGAUCAUGCAAAAGUGUAGAAGCCCGUAUGUUGUUGAUGUUCUGGGAGUCUGCCCUGGAGAUCAGCCGAACAAACUCAAACUGGUCAUGGAAUACAUGGAAAGAGGCUCAUUGGCAAAUCUCCUGAAAGUUAUUGAUGAACCUCCCCCGUGGGCUCUGGUAGUAAAAGUGGCCACCCAGGUGUCACAAGGAAUAAAGUUUCUUCACAGUCUCUCUCCUCCUGUCCUCCAUCUGGACCUGAAACCUGCCAAUGUGCUGCUAGACAAACAUCUCAAUGUAAAGCUCACUGACUUUGGCCUUUCCCGAGUGCGCCACAGCCAGUCAUACCUGAUGCAACAUGGUGAGAUUAGUGACUGUGUGAUUGGAGGAACAAUUCACUACAUGCCCCCUGAAGCAUUUCGCAAACCUUGGACACCCUCAGAGGCUACAGAUAUCUAUAGCUUUGGUAUCCUCUUGUGGGCACUAGUCACCCGCGAAACGCCAUAUCCAGAUGUACUUGAUACAGUUUUUUCGAUUCGGAUCCCUGCUGGAGACAGACCUUCUUUGGAUGACAUCGAUGCUUUGGAAGAUGGACGCCCAGGACUGGACAAGCUGAAAGAGCUAAUGCAGAUGUGCUGGCAUCAGGAGAUCCCAGAGAGACCCACUGCAAGUGAUUGUGCAGAAAGGACUCAGGAAUUAUACGAGGAAAACUAUAACCAGGAUGCAAUCACAAGUCUUCUGGAAAAGCUGGACAUCAAGGACAGGGAGAGCAAAAAUCCAGAGGAACAACCAGGAUCUAACUCAAACAACAGACAUGACAUGAAGGACAAGAGGAGCACAAAUCCAGAGGAACAACCAGAAUCUAACUCAAACAAGCAGCAGUGGCACAGGUCUCUUUCUGAGCCUGUGGCCACAUACAGGCUCGAACAUGUGGUUGGAUUACAGAUAGGGGACUACAACAAGAUGGAUUUUAACAAUCAUUGACUGCCAUCAGCACCAAAACCUCCUCCACGUUUCAUAAAUGAGGAAAUCCAGCAAAAAUUUGUUUACUUUUGACUGAAAGAAUUUGUUGUCAAACCCUUCUUUCUUUUGUCAUUGUUAAAUUAUGAAAUUUCAUAUACCUUAAAUAUUAUAUGGAUGCUACAAAGGGAGUCAUGAAGAGAAGAGAUAAGAAAUGUAAGAGGGGCACUUGCAUGAAAUAGUUUGAGGACAUGGAGACUGACUUACUGAAGCAACUUCUGAUGGAUAAUACUGAAAAGGAAAUGAUCAGAUUUUUUAUUUAAUGUAGAUGAGAAGUGCCUUGAAAAACACUGUGAUUCAUGUGAAAUAAUAA